GCUUUGACUUUGCCAUUGCAUGUCAUGUCAUGUUUCAUGCUUUCUCUCUCGACUCUUAGACAGACACGUGGCAAGAUUCUCGUGGUGUGUUAAAGGGGAUCAUUCCCGGAUAAGGUGGAUGUCCUGGCGGAAUAUGUGCCAAAGUAAGCAUGAUGGUGGAAUGAGAUUUCGUCGGUUCAAACAUUUUAAUUAGGCUCUCUUGGCCAAGAUUGGAUGGCAAAUUUUGACCGAACUCCAGUCGCUCCUAGCCUAGGUUUACCAAGGGAAAUAUUUUCCGACCGGAACUUUCCUCACUUCCUCUUCACGAUCACGUCCGUCUUGGGAUGACAGAGUAUUCUCUAUGACCGUCAUUUUUUAGUCAAGGGUCUACGAUGGCAAAUCGAUAAUGGACGGUCUACUUCAUUGCUUCACUCAAAUUGGAUUCCACAAAUACACCCCAUACCCCUAUGUUUAAUUCCCAUGUGCUAUCGGAGGGUAGAGACCCGAAGGUGGCAGAGGUGAUUUACCAAGGGGAGGGGUAGUGGUGUGAUCAUGAACUUAGCCAGUGGUUUGACACAGCAACUUGCCGUGCCAUCAAAGAAAUUCUUCUUCCUCAGAGGAUGUGGGAGGACAUGUUGAUGUGGCACGCCACGUGUGACAGGAUUUUCACGGUCAAAUCGGCCUAUCAUCUUGCGGUAUUAUUGGAUAAGCAGGGUGGACGGUGGCGAUCCAUGGCCAGUUGGAUAUGCUUGUGGGAAGCCCAUAUUCCACCUAAAUUAAAAGUGUUUUUGUGGCAAAUAUUCUACUAGAUCCUUCCAAUGACGAAAGCUCUUAUUGAAAAGGAAGUUCAAGUGCUCCACUGGCGGAUCCAAGGGGUGGCCACCCCAGGCCCCGGCCCAGCCCUCCUCUGGAUCCGUAGUUACUAUAGUCCUUAUGAAAUUUUUGAUUUUAGACAUUCGAGUCAGUGUUAUUCUAUGAUAAGAUUGGGUUUAACUAGAAAAAUUAUCAAGUUGAACAUAUUCAAAUCACUACUCUAAAUUUAGCCUAGAAAUUUUAGCCCCAAAGAUUAUGCGUCUAAAAAAAUGUGAUAACUGAUUUGCUCAAAAAAAUGAGCAAUGAAUUUCUCGUCGAUUGCUCGUUUCAACAGCUACUACGAAGAGAACAUUUUCAACAAUGAAACAUGUGAUAACUGAUUUGCUCAAAAAAAUGAGCGAUGAAUUUCUCAUCGAUUGCUCAAGUAUUUUAUUUGAAAUAGUGUAUACUAUUGGUAUGGAUGUAGGCUCCAUUAUUGAUGCAUUCCCUAAAUUAAAAUACAGUCGUGUACAAUUUACAUUGCAAAAAACUAUAAUCAUUAUAUUUUUUUACGGUUCUAAUUUUCUAAUAAAAUGCGGCCCAGUGCUCUUCUGUGUUUAGGAUCCGCCGCUGAAGUGCUCCCUUUGUUGGGCUGAAACAUAAACAAUGGAACAUUUGUUUCUUGAUUUCCUAGUGGCAAGAGAUUUAUGGGAUCAUUCGAGACUCGAAUAUCUUGGCCAAGGUUUGCGUCAUCACACUUUUCCGCUCUUCCUUAAAAAAGUUAAUGUUAUUGAUACAUCAACCCCAAUUGUUUAUGGCGGUGAUGGCUGUCCUUUGGAAGAUCUGGCGAUCUCGAAAUUGGGUUGUCUUUGAGGGCAAACAAUAUGAGAUCCCAGCUCUAAUGCGUCAAUUUCACUAGCAAUACCAAGAGUAGAUCAGUUUUCCUUUAGACCUUAAUCAACCAGUAUCCAUCCCACACUCACAAAACGGUCAGGGUAUACCCGAUACCUUAACUAUGUUGUCUCUAUGUGGGAUGAUGCUACUAAGAGUGAGUCCCACUCGACAGGUGGAAUGAAUAUCAUGGACCAAAGAGGGAUGAUCCUCCUGGCUAAAGGGGUGCAAUUUUCUGAUAUUUAUAAUCCUAUGGUUGUUGAGUUGCUCGUUCUCCAGGAGGCUGCUUUUUGGUGUCUGGCGCAUGUGUAUAUGGAGACGAGUUUUGAAGGAGACGCUAAUAAAAUCAACCGAUCUGAUAUUAGGGAUAAUUGGUCGGGGGCCAUCCUCGAGGAGGUCGUCCAUUAUUUUGCGCUGCAUUCUAGGCUUAAUGUGCGAUUUGUAGGUCGAAAUAGUACCGACUACGUGUCGUUUCUUUGACUCGAACCCGUCUACAAAAAUAGAAGUUUUAUAACUUGAAAUAAGAAUGACCUGAACCCCAUGAUUUUUUUGAUAGGGUUGGAUGAGUUAGCGGGUCGACCCGUUAGACCCGUUCCAUUUCAUAUGUCACUCCCAAAAUGAUAAAAUAAUUCCUAAAUUGGUGAGAUGUUUAAAAAAAUUCACAAGGAUUUGAAAAACAUGUUUGGAGUUUAAGGAUAGUCAAAAUAUCAUGUGUUUCUUGUAGUAGUAUUACUCUUGUUAUUGUUUUGUUGACGAUUUGUGCAAUUUUUAUUUCAUUUCAUUCGUAUGGGAGGAUUUGAGAAUAUGUUAAUUGACAUGUGUUAGGUAAACUUUUGCCAUGCACAUGUGAAGAUUUGUGUUCUUUGAGAAAAUAUGAAGCAUGUGUGAUUCUGAGAGCGCUCAUAACCCGAAAUGACUUGUAAUCCGACCCGAAACCCAAUGAAUUGGGUCAAUAUUUGAAGAAAAGCAAAGAUUAAGGAUUGCGUUGCGUCUAUCAUAUGUGGUGGUAGGUGGAGCACAAGCUUCAUCAACUGAAAAUACGCACGUUAGUGUAGUGUGGGAGAGGGGUAGGGCUGCAAACGAGCCGAGUCGAGUCGAGUUUUUGCUUAGCUUGAGCUCGGCUCGUUUAUUAAUUUUUCAGCUCGAGCUCGGCUCGAACUCGAAUUUUGAUAAUCCAGCUCGAGCUCGAGAUCGGCUUGAAUAAAAAUAAUCUAGCUCGAGCUCGACUCGGUAGAGCUCGAUAAAUGCUCAUUAACAUAGCUUGUUAAGCUGAGUACAAGCUCGGCUCAAGAUGAGCUCGAUUUAAAAUCAUUUUUGCUGGAAAAAUGUAUAAACAUAAGAAUUUAAAUGAUAGAAAGAACACUAGAAACUAGAAAUAACAUCUAAAUUUCAUACACAUCUGUAUUAUAAGACAAUGUUCAUGUUUAAAAGAGUAAUUCAUCCUUCCACAAGCUCAAAACAAGGCAGCUCGCGAGCUUAGCUCGACAAGCCACCGAAUCAAGCUAGCUCGCGAGCUUAUCAAGCUGAGCAUGGUCUAGCUCAGACUUGGCUCGUUAACUAACGAGUUGGCUCGCGAGCCGGCUUGUUAAAUAACGAGUCGAGUGUCGAACGAGUUUUUUCCGAUUCGAACGCCGAGUUGCUCGUGAGCGGCUUGGCUCAUUUGCAGCCCUAGAGAGGGGCAAGGCGACAAAUGCUUGUGGGCAAUGCAUGAGAUGAGCGAUGAGAUAACCCAAACCAAACAUCAGGGUAGUAGCGGAGUCGGGUUGUGAAACUAGGUGUGUUUUUUUUCUUCCAGAAUAUAAAUAUAUAAUUAAUUAUUUAGUAAUUAAAUUAAAAUUGAAUGGAAACUUACAUACUAGAAAAGGAAGAGUACAAUAGCAGCAGCGGCGGAUCCAGAAUACAGAAGAGCACUGAGCCGCAUUUCAUUAAAAAACUAGAACCGUAAAAAAAUAUUAUAGUUUUUCUUUACAAUAUAAAUUGUACACGACGGUAUUUUAAUGGGUUAAUACCUUAAUUUGGCCCGAAUUAUACACAAAUUUUCUACUUGGACCCGUGGUUUUGAAAAUUGCUCUUCUGGCCUGAACUAUGUACCAUACUUCCUGAUUUGGCCCGAAGGCAGGUAUGACCGUUAAAUUGGACGGUCAAUAGAGUUGACCGUUAGUCAAUGGCCAACUCACUUGGCCACGUCAGCGAGGAGAUAAUAAAAAAAAUAUUUUUUG